GCAGCCGCACUUAAUCUCCCUGCCGAGUUAAAAUGAAACACCUUUUUUGACAGCAAAGUGUUAACAAACAUUUAAAUUCAACAUUUAACGGCUCGCUUGGCAUUUUGGUGUAACAUUCAGGUUGUGCUUGUGUGCUUUGUUUUGUUUUCGGCCGCUCCAGAAAGUUAGUUUUGUGACUUUACUCGGGUCAAAAGGUAGUUAGUGAAGCUAGUUCCGCCUUGCGUUCGCGCUGUGAUGGACAGCAGCGACAAGUGUCAAAAGUAAUCAGGGACGAGAUACAACGAGAACCGGGACAAAAACACGUCUCCUGCCUUUUGGAUACACUUUCACACAAGUUAACCGGAUCCAAGUAAGGGAGUUCCCAAAUAACUGUGCUGCCAAGUCGUCCCGCUGGAGGCAAAUUACAAGGACGUCGUUUCUAAUCGACGAUCGAUGAUCUUCAGAAGAAAAGCUGCUGAGUUUUGGACACUGUGAUGGAAAAUCCUGACGAUGAGGUCGACCUGCAACAUGGCACAAAAGGCGGCGAAGAAGGAAACUCCGGUGGGGGAACACCUCCAACCAAACGCAAAGGCAAGUUCUCCAAAAUGGGAAGGAUCUUCAAGCCCUGGAAAUGGAGAAAGAAGAAGCCAAGUGAAAAGUUCACUGAAACAUCGAUAGUCUUGGAACGAAGGAUUUCUGUUCGAAAAAGUCGCCAGGAGCUGGUCGCCAGAGGGGUUUUAAAGGAUAUCCCGGAGAAUGAGAACAAUGAUGUUAACCACUCCAAAGCUCCACCAGUGAAAAAUGGGCAUCCUGUGCCAAUGGACACGGACAGGAUGUCUCGAGGGGAAUCUGACAUCAAGGUGAAUGCCCUCCGGCUGCCCCAAGCAGAUGAUCGUCGAAGCAGAGCACCAUCCGACGCUUCCCGAAGUAACCGGGCCCCGCUGGAUGUGGACUCCCACGCACGGCUUCCUGUGGACGUAGACAGACGAAGCCGUCUGCAUUCAGAUGUUGAUAAGAGAGGAGGAUCGUUACCACGAGGACCUCCGCAAGAUGAUAGAUACCGCAGAGAAGAGAGGAGAGAUGGAAAAGAGGACAGGGAGGACAGAGGGAAGAAGAACAGGGAAGACGUGGAAAGAAGGGACUGGCGGGAGGAAAAGGAAAGGGAUGGGGGAGUUGAUCGGAGAGAAAGGCGAGAUUGGAGAGAUGACAGAGAGAGGAGAGAUGAAAGGACGGAGAGAGACAACAGGGAAAGGAAAGAUCGCGAGGAGCGGGAAAGGAAGGAUCGGGAUGAGAGGGAGCACAGAGAUCGAGACGAGAAAGAAUCCAGAGAUCGGGACGAGAGGGAAAGGAAAGACAAGGACGAGAGAGAAUGGAAAGACAGGGACGAGAAGGAACGCAGAGAGCGUGAUGAUAGAGAAAGGAAGGACGACAGAGACAAAGAUAAGGAUCGCCGGCUUGAGAGGGACAGGAGAGAACACAGAGAUGACAGAAAAGAUGACAGAAAAGAUGACAGAAAAGAUGACAGAAAAGAUGACAGAGAACGAGACGACAGGGAGAGGAAAGACGUGCGAGAAAGAGAUGAUCGGGAGAGGACAGAGAACCGAGAGAGGAGAGAGAGAGAGGACAGGGACAAAAGGGACGACUGGGCCAAGAGGAACGAAAGAGAUCGACGAGAUGAGAAGGAUAGGAGAGAAAAGCCAGAGCCUCAGCGGACUGUGGACGACCCGCGUCCCAUCGUCAGGCCCGUCUCUGAGAUGGACUUGCGGCCUCCUCUCCAGAAGAGCUCCUCAGAGGACAACAAGAAGACUCGUCCGGCCUCAGAGGCUGACAAGAGGAUAACCCUUCCCAGAUACAUCCCGGCUGCAGAGUUCAGAGACCGCUCAGAGUCCGCUGGUGUCCGCUUCGCCCCUGACCCUCGUCCACCCCAAGACUCUCAGCAGGAUCCUCCCCCAACCCGACAGGCUCUUCUUCCCCCGAAAUGUCUUACAGAUUCGGGCAGGAGUCCAACGCCCUCCUCUUCUUCCUCCUCCUCCUCCUCCUCCUCCUCCUCUACCUCGUCUUCCUCCUCGUCUGCUGCUAUAGCUGUGGCCAAGCCCCCGAGGACCGUCUCCCUAAUAGUGGAGGACCCACCUCGACCCUCCCUCGCUGACUCCGACCCGCCGCCUCCUGUCCCUCCCCACGCCAAGCAGCCUCCCGUCCCUCCACCCAAACCCACCAACCGCAACAGCAACCUGCUCGCUGAGCUCUCACAGCCUGGCAGUGGUGUCGUCGUAGUGCUGGCGCCCGCUAAGCGCUCGCCACCGACGCCGCCAAAGAGGAUGACCCCCGUCACCAAGCGCCAUUAUGUGGACCCUUCUCCUCCCAGUCAGGACCCAGAGUCCCCCACCGCUGACCCAGCCUCUGCGCCUUUCCCGACGCCCCCUGCUGUCCCUAAAGGAGAAGUCAACGAGGACAAGACGAGUGCAGCAGCUCCGAGCUCCGUCGAGCCUCUGCUUUCACCACCUGCCCACAUACCUCCAUCUCCUCCCAGGGUUCAGUCACUGCAGCCCCCCAGCUCCUCCUCUGGUCCCGCUGUGCAAAGCGAUCCCCCCAGCCCGACCACCAAGCCUCCCAGCCAGCCUCCAGCCAUCCCCCUGCACAUCCUCAUCCAGAGAGCUCUGGCCAGCCCCGGCCUAGCUCCUCCCAACCCAGACGGCUCCCAGCGGGCUCACUCCCUGCUGUUCGAGUCGCCUCCAGAUUUCCUCACCGAGAACUCGAGGAACUCUCUCCCGAUCACCAUCGAGCCUCUCAGGCUGCCGGAGGACGACGACUUUGACAUGGAGGAGGAGAUGCGGAAGCUUCACCCUCAGAGGCCCCUUCGCCAGCCUGAGCUGGAGCCGCGCAGCAGGAGGGGUUUGGUCGGAGACCUCAGGGUGAGCAUCAUCCCUGAAGGUGGAGGCCCCGGGGACAGCGAGGAGGAGUCCGACUCUGACGGCCCCAUCCUGUACAGAGACGACGAGGAUGACGAGGAUGAGGAAGCUCCAAGUGGGCUCGCGAGUCGUGUGAAGAGGAAGGACACGUUAGCCCUGAAGCUGGAGAGACAAGAGCGAGAGGAGAGGGAUGCUCAGGAGAACCAGGACAGCGUGAGUUGGCAAAACAGGGAUCAGUGGAUGGCAGUGAGGAGCAAGAUCAGUACCGCACUGACACGGCGGUUGAGUCAGAGACCAUCAGCAGAUGAGCUGGAGCAGAGGAACAUCCUUCAAGCCAAGAACGAAGAUGAUCGGCGAUUAGAGAGAUGUGAGAUCAAACGGAGGCUGACGAGAAAGCUGUCCCAGAGACCCACAGUCGCUGAGCUCCAGGCCAGGAAGAUCCUGCGUUUCCACGAGUACGUCGAGAGCACCCAUGCCCACGACUACGACCGGCGAGCGGAUAAACCGUGGACCAAGCUCACUCCUGCUGACAAGGCCGCCAUCCGCAAGGAGCUCAAUGAGUUCAAGAGCUCAGAGAUGGAGGUUCACGAGGAAAGCCGGAUCUAUACCCGGUUCCAUCGGCCUUAGCUGUCCACGCUGACCGGUGAAGCGCUCGUCACGACUCCCAGUCCGCCUCCUCGCUACGAACCCAACAUGUCGUCCGUUUGACCGCCUGCUGAGCUGCUUCAGCUGAUGGACGGGAAGUGAGAGAAGCCACAGAUCACUUCUCCUCCGGCUGUGGAGUUCAGGACCGGAGGGGUUUGUUGGUGCGUCCAUGACGGAGGUACCUGGUGCCAACACUAAAAGAGUGAGAACCCCCCCCCCCCCCCACCCACUCCCUGUGCUGGGGGGCCCAGAAAGACUGUUGGAGGGUUAUCACGCCGUCUCGCUCCGGGGAAACGUCUCCCCAUGCCUUCACCUGCCUUCGUAUUCUGUUCCCUCCUUCCUUAGAGCAGGGAGACUGCACAUAAAGACCCCCCCCCCCACCCUGUAUUUCCUUGAAUUGAAGAAAAAAACCCCAGAAAAGUCGUGUUGAAUGGAAGUAAAUGUGGGUUUACAAACUCGUGCAGUAUAAUCCACAUCUCAUGUGUGACAGUCUGUAACCGGAUGAUAAAGUAUUUAAAGUCCCCGUUUACUUCCAUUCAUCAACAAUUUCACCGUGGAGGAAAGAAACUCGAGGAAACACGGAGUAAUAAAUAAAUUAUGUUGUGCGUGAAAUAUGCCUUUAACAGCGUUUUCGACGCCGUAGAGCUGCCGUAGAGCUGCCGUAGAGCUGCCGCUGAGCUACCGCUGAGUUUCCGUAGAGCUGCCGCUGAGUUUCCGCAGAGCUGCCGCAGAGCCGGCCUUCCUCCUCACAGAGACCAGAUGUGAAAGACUUCCGUACAGCAGCGCGUUUCUAAUUUAAAACUCUAUUUGAAUCACUUUGUGUGUAACUCACUGAUUCCUAAUAUCUGAACGUUUUACUGUAGUGUACAUCCUUUAAAUGAUUCUCAUGGAGCACACGUCUAGAUUACUUUCUAAUAAGGCACUUUAUGUUCCUUAAUUGGGUUUGUAGAAAAUCUAAAAAGUAUAAUUCUAUGUUUAUAAUUGAAUUAUUCGAGCAGGAAAAUGUACAUAUUUUUAUUUUCCUGGCUGUUUUAUGGUACUUUAUAUGUGCGAGUCCCAUAGUUGGCUGCAGUUGUAUAGAUCAAUGAUGUAGAUGCGAUUGACUUUAUAUUGCACAUCCACAGUGAUGCUGACAUGUUUUAAUUGUAAAGUAGUAAUGGUACAACAUGUUUCUUUUGAUACAGAGAUUUUUUUUUGCAAAGCACACUGUACAAAUGAACAAUCCACUCAGUAAUUAAAAUAACCUGUGAUUUUCAUUUCAA